UAUAAUAAAUUGGCAAACUAUUUACAAUGUAUAGAACAAUUCUAAAAACGAAAAAGGCCCACAAUGGAAAAUAUCAAAAAUACCCUAAUCAACUUGCGACUAAUCGACCACACGCAUACCCAAGUAAUCAUUUUCUAAAUGAUCGUGUAUAGUCUAAACAAAUGGCCUACGAUCGUUUUGGUUACAUUUAUAAAAAUUAACCAAAAACUAACAUAUUUUAAAUUGAAAAGAAAAAAUAAGGGGCGAGUGGGUAUAUAGCAUUUGACCCAAAAUAUAUUAAGGAUAUAGCAAAAAUUAAAAAAAUUGAAAAUAUGGCAAUUUUUAACAAAAAAGACGAAAUUACCCCUACAUAUAUUUUCUUCCACUUUCUUCGCGUUUCAAGCAGAUUCUUCGCGAGUGGGGAAGUCCAGACGAUUUCAAGCAGAUUCUUUGCGUUUCCUCCUCUUUCUAUUUUCUUCCACUUUCUUCCUACUCCCAUUUGGUUUUCCGGUGCCGGUACUUUCCUCCUCUUUUUAUUUUCUUCCACUUUCUUCUUACUCCCAUUUGGUUUUUCGGUGCUGGUACCGCCUUACCAUACUACUUUCUUCUAUUUUGUUUUCCUUCUGCCACGCUGUCGGUACUACUUUCUUCUAUUUUGUUUUCAUUCCGUCGCACUACGUUCUACGCUAUGUUUUUCAGUUUGUGUCUAUCAAUGAUGUGUUUCUAUCACUGAUUUAGAGUUUAACUUGUUUAUGUUGAAAUGUUUGACAUGCAGAUCUGUUUUAGGUUUGUGUGUUAGUGUAUAGGGUUAGGGUCUAUCAGUGAUAUAUUUGUAUCACUGAUAGUCUUGAGGGAUAUUUAGUUUGUUUGCAUUGGGAUGUUAGUAGAUAAUUUAGUUUAAUGUAUAUUUUUAUGUGAUGUUGUUUAUGUUCUAUCAGUGAUCUGUUUCUAUCAACUUGAAGGAUGUUUUACUUGUUUGUGUUGGAUUGUUAUUAGAUAUUUUAGUUUAAUGUGCACUUCUUAUAUGUUGUUGCCUAGGGUCUAUCGUUGAUAUGUUUCUAUCCCUGAUAGUCUUAGAAGAUGUUUAGCUUGUUUGACUUGGGAAAUUAGUAAAAGCUCUAGUCUAAUUUAGAUUUUGUGUGUUAUGUUGCUUAGGGUCUGUUAGUGAUAUGUUUCUAUCACUGAUUAACGAAUUUGGAGGAUGUUUAACUGGUUUAUGUUGGAUUGUAUAACAUGCUGAUUUGUUUUAGGUUUGUGUGUUAGUGUAUAGGGUUAGGGUCUAUCAGUGAUAAUUUAGUUUAAUGUAUAUUUUUAUGUGAUGUUGUUUAUGUUCUAUCAGUGAUAUGUUUCUAUCAACUUGAAGGAUGUUUUACCUUGUUUGUGUUGGAUUGUUAUUAUAUGUUUGUAUCACUGAUAUGUUUGGGGGAUGUUUAGUUCAUUAGGUUGAUGUGUUUGUUGUAAUUUUAAUAGAUGGAUAAGAAAAAAGAUAUUAUGGAAAGUGAACCAAAUGAAAAAUGUGCAAAAAGAGUCUCAACACAUGAAGUUCAUCAAGCAAAAAGAAGAUAAAAAAAGAGAAGGGAAAACAAUUAAUUAUUCCCAAAGAAAUGUGGAAGUCAACCUUGAGAAUCACUGUGUACUGGAAUCUACAAACUUCUGACCAUAUUAUCGAAAGUUUAUCACCUAGUUGUCUAGACUUGUUUAAAGAAGGACCAUUUGGGCACUUGUUAAAUUUAAAAAUGACAAAAAUACCUUUACAACUAUUAGCACACUUGAUUAAAAGACAAUGUGUCUCAAUGGACAACAAUGUUCUUCUUUUCAACAUGAAAGGUAACAUUGUGGAGUUUGGACUACGAGAUUUUUGUUUGAUUACAGGAUUAAAUUGUGGUGAAUAUCCUAUAGAAGAUGUUUUAGAUGCAACGGAAGAAAAUUAGUCUAUGGUUAAACAAUUGUUUUUUAGAAAUAACACUUCCAUUAGUAGACAAGAAUUGAAGACUGCUUUUAACUAUCACUGUAAAUCCUACACCGAUGAAGAAGAGCUAGUAAAAUUAGUCAACCUUUACUUCUUGUACAAUGUUUUAAUUCCUAAACAAAAUCACAAUAUGUUGGAUUUAAAACGUGUAAAAAUGUUGGAUGAUAAAGAGAAGUUUAGGAAUUAUCCUUGGGGAAGGUUGUGCUUUAGUCUUACAAAGCAAUUCAUUCAAAAUGCGGUGAAAUUCAAAAGAAAGUCUAAGAACUUAGAAACAGAAUCUAAAGCGUAUGCCUUUCUACAAGGCUUCCCUAUGGUUCUAGCUUACUGGGCAUACGAAAUACUUCCUCAACUUGCUAGUGGGUAUGUGACAAGAAUAGGGAAAGGGUGUCUAAGAAUAUUAAAUUGGGAAUCCAGUGAACAACUCGAUUGGCAAGAUCUUGAAGAUAACAUCUUUCUGGAAAAAAAUCUAUCUGUGGUCCCCAUUGUUGCAUCAGAAGAAGAAAUGAAAUCUGAGUACUUCAGAUAUUUUUUGGAAUUAGAAAAUGAUAGAUUGGAUGAAGAAGAAUGUGCUAUGAAGGAAAACAAUAUGGAAGAAAGAAUAUCUUCUUUACAUGGAGAUAUUAAAGAUUUAAAAAAACAACACAAAGAAGAUUUAGACUGCUUGAAGAAGAGACAAGAGGAGAUUGUUCGUUUGUUACUUUCACUGACAAAAGUGGUAAAUCAAAGACUUUCACACAAAUGUGAAAGUGAAAAACAAUCUCAAGAGCCCUUGGAAAAGAAUCCUCCUCCAUCAAUAAGUUUAGAAAUGAUUGAUGCUGAUGUUGAUAAAGAGAAAGAGGUUGUUCAAGAAAAGGCAAAAGUGAAAAUUAUGGAAAUAACGACGAAUAUCGAAAAACUAGGCCGAAGAGACAACCUAAACCAUCAAAGAAAGUGUUGGAGAAUGUGAAAGAACAAAAGAAUGCAAGAGGCAAGAAUAAUGAUUCUCCAAAACCAACAAGACAUUCUCCUAGAAUAAAGGAUCUAGCACCUAGUUUUGAUUUGAAAAUCUCUCAAUUAUAAGUAGAUGGAUAUUGUAAUGCAGUAGUUUUGUUGAUAUUUGUGAUAGAGUUCACAUUGCAAAUCUCUUAAUAUUUAGUAGAUAGAUAUUGUAGUGCAUUAGUUGUUUUGUGGAUGUUUGUGACAGAGUUCACAUUGGACCUUCAUAUGCUGUUAGUUGAUUUUACCAUAUUAAUGAAGAAAAAGUUUU